AUGACCAGCGACUAUUCUUUCGUCAAGGAGCAUACUCCCGAGGGAUAUGUUUUCCCUGCGCAUCGACUCCAGCGCAUGUGCGAUCCUCGCGCACAACCGUUGGUCCUUGUCGCAUGUGGCUCAUUUUCGCCAAUUACUUUUCUGCACUUGAGAAUGUUCCCCAUGGCUAGAGACCAUGCUCGGAAUGAGGGAUUCGAGGUUGUCGCAGGAGUUCUGAGUCCUGUGUCCGAUGCAUACGUCAAGAAAGGACUGGCCCCAGCACACCACCGUAUCGAAAUGUGCAGGCUUGCUACUGAGAACUCGUCCAAGUGGUUGAUGGUAGACCCAUGGGAAGCCGAGAGCCCGACUUAUAUCCCUACUGCCCGAGUGCUCGACCAUUUCGAUUACGAAAUCAACGAGGUCAUGGGUGGCAUUGAAUGCAGCGAUGGAACUCGAAAGCGUGCGCGAAUCGUCCUCCUGGCAGGCCUGGACCUGAUCCAGACCAUGUCAACUCCAGGCGUCUGGGGCGAGCGCGAUCUCGACCAUAUCCUUAGCAACUACGGCGUCUUUGCUCUUGAGCGUUCCGGUACUGAAAUUGACUCGGCCCUAGCAAACCUCAAGCAGUGGGAACACAAUAUCCAUAUCAUCCGCCAGGUUGUUACAAACGAUAUUAGCAGCACCAAGGUCCGACUGCUCCUUAAGCGCGAUAUGAGCAUUGAUUACCUAAUUCCCGAUGAGGUCAUCAGCUACAUUUACGAACACAACCUGUACCGCGACCUCGACAAUCCUGACGCCAAGGGCAAGGACAAGGCCGACAGGAAGGCGAUAGCUGGUCCAAGCACCGGCUGA